AGAAGGGUUUUACGCUAGCGACACUUUGUUUGCUAUCGGUGAUGUGCUGGGCUGCUUGCUCGUGAACCCCAUAUAUACCAACACACUAUAGAACGGACACGAGACUCUCUUUAACCUCUCUAACAUGGCUGACUCACUAACCAAAGAAAAACGUGAAGAGCUCCGUGAGGCCUUCUACAUGUUCGAUAAGGAUGGAGACGGUCGAAUCACCGCCUCUGAACUCGGAGUCGUACUCAAGUCCAUGGGGCACACACCAACCGAUACAGAGUUACGGGACUUGAUUCACGAAGUGGACGCGGACGGAAACGGAACGAUCGAAUUUAACGAAUUUCUAGUAAUGAUGUCUAAACGAUUGACGUCGGAUCUAGAAAAAAAGGAAUAUGUAGACGCCUUUAAAGCCAUGGACCAGAAUGGGGACGGGGUGAUCAGUGCAUCCGAACUCCGACAGGUACUCAAGUCUAUGGGCGAACGGAUUAAUGACAAGGAUAUAGAUGAUAUGAUGAAGGCGGCCGACCUGGACGGUGACGGUCAAAUCAAUUACGUCGAGUUCAUCCAGAUGAUGAAACAUCGGUAACAUAACAUGCCAAGCUGCUGGAGCGGAAUGAUGUCACGUGACCACCCGUUACCUGGUCUCGAGAUUUCAAAGACUUGUCAUCAUAUUGUUUUUUAUCCAUCGUUCUUUCUCUCUUCAAUUGAUCUUGUAGCUUUACAAUCGCACAGACAACAUAGCUGUCUUUUCGAGUAAAUUAUUUAACAUUUUAAUCUAAUUAAUACGUAAUUAAUUGAUCCCACUGGAUACUAUGCAAUAAGAUAAUUUCGGGGAAAACGAGGAUUUUUUUCACCUUUGUAUUACCAUUAUUAGAGAAUUUAGAGAAUGUCGUUCUAAGGGAAGUAACUCUUACAACAUCUAGUCCGUGGAAGAGUUGACAUCCUUAUUUAGUUAUUUCCAUUUUGGAUUUUUCCUUCGUGAACAUUUUAAAGCAUCUUCAUUUCCGAUUUCUUCACGGCUGGAGGUUUUAUUACCACAAAGAGAAGAUUUAACGAGGGAUGUUUUAUUACACGAUUUUAAUAUUUUAUUGUAUAAUUUAUACAUGAUGUGACGUUGCAUUUCAAUGCAGGCAUACCUACCACAUUUUUUUUUGGCAUUUUUGCAUUUUUGUACAACUGCAGUAAAUUCUCUCUCUGGUAUAUGUAGAUACAAUAUUAUUAUUAUCAUCAUCAUAAAUUAAGGGGAGAUGAUAUAAAUUGUACAUUGUACGUUGGCAUUGGUUUAAAUGUUGAGACAUGCUGUUCAAUAAUGAGUUUUCAAUUAUCAUCUUAUUUCAUUUUAAUUCAUAAAAAAAAAUUAAUUCGCGAUGUGUUUUGUCUUCCCCCGCGUAAUUGCCAUGAAUGAACAAAGCGACAAGCAUUAUAAUUGUAUUUGUGAAUCAUUCUCGUAGUUCGAAGUACGGUAUUAUGAUUGCAACGAAAAGUAGAUGCAUUAUCAAGAGGUUUUCCGAAUGGAAGGAUCCUCAAACACAACACAUCAUUCUAUCUUUUCGCAUUGAGCAAAUCUAAAUCCUCUUGGUCAUUCAUCGUAUAAUUUGGGACACAACUGUCACCUAAAUUGACGGAUAAUUUGAAAAAUGAAAAGAAGUCGUGAUGUAUUUGAAAAAGUUAAUAAAAUAUCAUUCAUAGAUUUUUUUUUUAUUUACAGGAAACUCGUAAUUAUAUUCCGUAUUUGAUUAUAAUGAUUUGUGCUGCCGGAUGGAGGGUUUCGAGUUCCCGUCGUGGUUCCUCCUGAGAGGAGGGUACCGACUUUGUACACUUUCGUAGUUUACUUACAAAUAAAAUGGCAUUCCAGUUACUCUGAAA